AUGGGCAAGCUACUUUCACUCGGCCCGAGGCUGCAUUACCCGAUUACCAUCACGAAGCUACUCAAGAACCCCGGCGAAGCCAUCAAGAAACAGGAGAGCAUCCUGGAAUACUCGUACAAGUCAAUGCGCGAGUUUGGCGAUCCAAUCGCCGGCGACACUUGGCAAGAGGAGGUGACGACCAUUGCUGGCUGGGAUAGCCCCGCCGAGGGCACCCUCAAGGAAUGGCGUCUCAAGGAGGGCACGACCGUCACGCGCGACGCGCCCUGCAUGAUGGUCGACGAGGCCUGCUCCCACGAGGUCCAGUUCCAGGGCUUGUGCGCCAUCUGCGGCAAGGAUAUGACCGAGGUCAACUGGGCCAGCGACCAACGCGAUACCCAGCGCGCCACCAUCAACAUGACCCACGAUCAGACCGGCCUCAUGGUCAGCGGCGACCUGGCAGCGCGCGCCGAGCACGAAACCCAGAAGCGUCUCCUGCGCCAGCGCAAGCUGAGCCUUGUCGUCGAUCUCGACCAGACAAUCAUACACGCCUGCAUCGAGCCCACCGUCGGCGAAUGGAUGGAGGACCCAUCGAAUCCCAACUACGAGGCUGUCAAGGAUGUCAAGAAGUUCCAGCUCAACGACGAGGGCCCCAGGGGAAUGGUCACCUCGGGGUGCUGGUACUACAUCAAGAUGCGACCCGGCCUUGCCGAGUUCCUCGAAAGGGUGGCCGAGCUGUACGAGCUCCACGUCUACACCAUGGGAACCCGCGCGUACGCGCUCAACAUCGCCAAGAUCGUCGACCCCCAACAGAAGCUGUUUGGCAACCGCGUUAUCAGCCGUGACGAGAACGGCAGCAUGAUCUCCAAGAGCCUCCAGCGCCUGUUCCCUGUCAACACCAACAUGGUCGUCAUCAUCGACGACAGGGCCGAUGUUUGGCCGAGCAACCGACCCAACCUCAUCAAGGUUGUGCCGUACGACUUCUUCAAGGGCAUCGGCGACAUCAACUCGAGCUUCCUCCCCAAACGACAAGACAUCCUUCCCGCGCCAUCCGACUCGGAAUCGAAGCCCGCGCCGGAAGCCCCCAGUGAAGCACCCAAAUCCGCCGAGGCCAAGCCGGAGGAGUCACAGCAGAACGGCAAGGUGUCGGCCCUGGACGAGCUCGUCAAGAUGAGCAGCGGCGACGACAAGGUGCUGCAGGCGGCACAGACCGGCGAGCAGGAGAAGCUGCUCGAGCAACAGAUCAAGGAGAGGCCUCUGCUUCACAUGCAGGAGGAGCUGGACAAGCAAGACGAGCAGAAGGAAAAGGAAACCCUGGACGCCGAAGACGGCCCGCACAUCAUGACCGUACAACACCGAUCCCAGGUUCUCCGCGAUAAUGACACGGAGCUGACCUAUCUGCAACAACAUCUUACCGAGCUGCACCAGAAGUUCUACGAGGAGUACGACGAGAAGCGCGCCUCUGCGCCUGCUCAAUCCGCUCCGCGCAGAAGACCCGCCGACGAGAACAUCGACCUUGACGCGGUUCCGGACGUUGGUUUUGUCCUCGACACGAUGAAGGCCUCAACCCUCCAAGGCACCACCAUCGUGUUGUCUGGUCUUGUCCCUCUCGGCGUGGACGUGCUGCAGUCUGAAAUCGGCAUCCAGGCCAUGAGUUUCGGCGCCCAAAUAUCCACCCGAGUGUCAAAGAACGUAACGCACCUCGUCAUAUCUACGUCUCGACCGCGGACGCAAAAGGUCAGACAGGCGGCCAAAAUCCCAAGCAUCAAGAUUGUCAGCCAGAACUGGCUGUCGGAUUGCUUAAGCAAAUGGGAGCACGUCGACGAGACACCUUAUCUGGUUGAGGUACACCCGGCAGACCGACGUUACCACGCCGCCGCCGCCGCCGCCGCCGCCUCCGAGACGACAGAUGCCGACACGGUGUCGGAUGUCGAUGGCGAUGAUCUGUCGAGGCCGCACCUGACCAUUAUUGACGAGACGGGCGAGCAUCGUAUUCUCGAAGAAGACGACGACGCGUCGGACGAAGACGACGGCGACCAGGACGGGGAUGACGAUAACCUGAUGCCUGAUUUCGAGGAUGGCCAGACCAGCCCGAUAGACGACCUGAAGACGUUCGACUGGGAGGGUGUCGACGACGAGAUGAAGGAGUUUCUCGGGAGCGACGAUGGCAUUUCGGAUACGGACACGGAGAGCCGCAGCGGAGACACGGAAGCCGGUGAUGAGCCGCCGUCGUCUCAAGAAUCGGUCACGGGUGGCGGAACCAAGAGGAAGGCCAUGGACGACGACACGGCGUCCGACGAAGGCGGAAGCGCGCUUUCGAAGAAGCAACGCGUGGCCAAGAGCCGUGGCGCCUCCAAGCUCAGUUCCGUCAGGACACCCAACGCCGAAGACCAAGAAUCGAGCAGCCUGCCCACCCCGCAAAUCACGGGCGAUGAGGAGGACAUCUCCCGCGCACGCGACGACGGUGCGGUGGUGGACGGGGGCGAUGACUUUGACGAGGACGAUCUCGAGGCCGACCUCGAAGCGGAGCUGGCGGCUGCGGGAGAAAACUAG